AAGCUUGAAGUUUUUCUGGCCUGACAGGGUAGCCAGGAGCGAUUUAGGUGUUUACACUUUCUUUGUAAGUGUUGAUUGGGCUUCUUGGUCUUUUGUGAAAGGGAGGAAUGAUUGUAGUAUUCGCAUUUGUUUGAUAGGUGCGUGUCUCCCUUGGGAGGGGUAAGGAGUUAAGUGUACCUUCUCUUCCCUUAGUGUAGAUCUUUUAGGGUAUUGAGAAAUGAGUGAAAUUAUUGCCACUAUGAAAAGUGAAAAUGUGCUAUUUGACCUUUUAGAAAAGCAUGGUGCUCGGCCCUCUUUAUCAGGGGUGGAUUGGGCACGACAAAACUGGUAUAACUUGCAGAGUGUUUCAGACCAUAUUAGUGUUCUGCAAAGGAAUGCUCGUACCCGAGCCGGGAAAGGAAAAUCGUUUAUUUGUGCGGUACUCGGUGCUGCUUUAAAAGCUGCCGUGGAGUUCCGAGACCAGCAGUUUGAGGCGGAAAACCAGACUAUACAGUCGUUACAAGAAACAGUUAAAACAACCCAGGAACUCGUGAAAGCCUUGCAAAACCAAAUUGGAAAUCUAGAAAUACAGUUGGAAAGAGAGAGACAUAAUUUGGCCUUGUUACAAAUGGCUUUUAAGGAAAUUUUAACAUAUAAAGAUACGGGUGACACUGAUAUUCAUGGUGCACCACAAGAAAAACUGUAUCCUCAGGAAGAACUGAAAGAAACGAAAGAAAGUUUUGAUAAGUUUGAAACCCCAAUAGCCCCUCUGCGCCCUCUAAUAAAAACAGAAUAUACCUUUGAUAAUGGAGAGGACCUGGAUCCUCAAAUGAAUGUUAAAGAAAUUCCCUUUUCUGCCACUGAAUUAGCAAAACUGAAAAAAGAUUUUAGCCGCUCUCCAAAGGAAUUGGAAACAGAAUAUGUAUGGAGAGUCAACUUAACUGGUGGAGACCAAAUUUUGUUAACCGAAAAGGAGGCUGAGGGUUAUUGGGGGCCAGGUGUAUUUUUGACUACUGGUAAUAACCGUGCUCCCUGGUCCCUAACACAGAGGGCUGCCUAUUGGGCAGGUGGUCUUAACCCUUUAGAAAGGGGAGACCCUCUUGCCGUUAAUGGGACAGCUGAUCAAUUGGUUGAAAGUGUUCAAAAUAAUCACAGGAGUGUUACUGUGAGACGUACAUUUUAG